UAAACAGUCAAAAUAAAGGAAAUAUGGAAACACUUCCUGAACCGCAACACAGCUGGUCACUUUAAAGAGUCAAAGUCUGCGCACGCGUGACUCUAUUUCUGUUUUGCUUUUUUGAAUUGGAAAUGGACUUUGAAAGAAAAUACCUAGUGUGCCAGUGUAACGGCACUAUUAGAAUACAAACCCGGAGCUUCCUGUUCGGGGAUUUACGAGCUUCCCUAGAAUCUGGACAGGGAGAGCUGUUUCUUACUCACAUACCAAAGAUAUCGGAUGUAAACAUUCCACGGAGGAUUGUGGAACUGGCCAGCACUCUGGGGGAUGUGUACGCCCUGCGGUACAAGAUUGAUUUCACGGGCAUUUCUCGUGGAUUUGCAUACUUGCAAUAUAUUGAUGCAUCCCUUAUGGAAAUGGCUGUGAAAUGUCUGCCAAAAAUUUUCAAGGCAGCCAAUCUACGAAUCUCAGUGAAGAAAUCGAGCAAUACGCGGGAAUUGAUGCUGCGACAAGUUCAGAAGCUCACUCCGGUCCAGGUGUACCAGGAAAUGCAAAAGGUCUGCCAGUUCACCUCGCUGCGGGUGUUCGAGUACCGACCUCGGCAGUUUUUUUACAUCUUCGGAUACGUCAACAACGACCAGGCUGCCAACGCUCAUCAAAGUAUCCGGGCCGUAAUCCGCGGUUUCGGCUCCCGUGCAUAUAUUGCCUGGCUACAUCCGACCGAUACGAUGAGCGAAAGUAAAUUUACAUCCAGAUGCUGCCAGAAGCUGGACAAGAACCUUAAUCUUCGUAAUCCACGCAAGUGCAAUUGUUUUAAAUUUUAAUCGGAUUUCCUAAACUAAUAUUUUUUUUGUAUAUGAAUUCCAUAGAGUUUUGUCCUUUGACCCAUUUUUUGUAUCUGUUCUAAGUUUCUAAAAUUAAAAAAUUGUUAAUGAUAA